GUGGCCGAGCAGGUGGCCAAGACGGGCCGCAUGGCACGGCGCCUGCGGAGGCUGUUGGAGUCCAAACCCAGCAAAGACUUCGAGAUGGGGAAGAUCCUGGUCCGCCGGAGCGGAGCCGAGGAAGCCGAGCACUUUGCCAAGAGGGUCUCCAUCGCGUGCUUUGA